CGAAGCAUGGAUUUUAACAGCACUAAUGUGACUGACAUUAACACCACUGAAUAUCAUGAUAGUGGUUUUAGCAAUGAUGCAUACAUCCAUUUUACUAUUGCAGCCGCAGUUGCCAUAGCCCUCUGUCUGUUUGGAAUGGUGGGAAAUGUUAUUGUAUUCUGGUACCUGUCCUUAAAAAUUAAGAGGAACAAAUACACAGUUUAUAUUAUCAACCUAGCAGCAGCUGACUUAAUUUUUCUCAUAUUUACAGCUGUUAUAAUGAUGGUUAAUAUUAACACAAUGGUUGGCAAAAAUCCAGAAUUUACAGGAAAGCAGAAACUCCUUACAGCUUUAGAAAUAGUUUAUGACAGUGCACUGUAUUCAGGAAUGUUCUUUCUCACAGCCAUCAGUAUGGAAAGGUGUUUUUCUGCUGUUUUUCCAAUGUGGUAUCAGUGUUACAGACCAAAGAACCUGUCUUUAAUUGCAUGCUUUCUGCUUUGGAUCAUUGCCUGGUUGGAGGCCCUCCUUGAAAAUCUGGUAUGUCCAUCAGAAGAUUUUGACGCUCAGACAACAAGCUGUACCGGAGUGGAACUAAUGAUAUUUAUCACUGGUAUCGGACUCUGUCUGCCCUUAAUGGUGUUGUCUAGUAUCACCCUAAUGAUUAUGGUAAAGAGGACCUUCCAGUUGAAUUGCACUCCAAGACUUUACAUUAUCAUCAUAAUUGCAGUAAUUAUUUUUGUCCUCUCUGUCAUCCCAUUUCAGUUUGUGUGGUUUAUGUUGUACUUUCAGCUGUUGCCCUUAGAUGUUCAGUAUGUUAGUAUCUAUUUUGCCAGUGUGUUUGGCACUGUACUGAAUAGUAUUAUCAACCCCUACAUUUACUUUAUUGUAGGAAGGCAAUGGAAAGAAAAAUCUCUCCAUUCCAUACAAGAUGCUCUUAAAAGAGCCUUCAAGGAUGAUAAAAAAGAAAAUCCAUCCAGUAAUAAAGCAAAAACAUCAUCAUGUCAAACCAAUCUUCCAGAUUCUGCAUAGAUAUGUUUGAAUAUUGACUGAAUUAAUUGAUAUAUUGAUU